AUGCUCAAUGUCUCAGUGGCACUUACUGGAACGAGUCCUGUAACGACAUCUACGCCACCAACUACCCAGACGACGCCUUACCGCACUUCGACGACCUUUCUGACUGGUACAGCCCUAGCAAGUCAUACGCAAGUGCCCUAUACCAGCCUUGAAUGCAAUAACGCGGACUGUGGCUCUGGUACCAUCUAUCCUGAUAUAACCUCUGUAAACGCCAGCAUGCCAUGGCACUACAGUCGAUCUACCCAUUUCGGCGAAACCCCAGCAGGAGCCUGUGGGUUUGGCUUGUAUGGCAUGUGCACGACUGCCAGUGUCUCAGGAAUCGACUUGGGUGAAGACUGUGCACAGUUUUGCUCUAUGUAUCCCGACCUAUGCACUGAUCCAGCCAAUUUUACACUUAGAGGCAACUUCGCGGCACCGAAUGGCAAUUACUAUACACAGUUCUGGCCGAUGCUGCCAUCUUUGGAUACCAGUGAGGAGCAAGACAAUUACCUGUCCUGCGGCGAGUGCUUUGAAUUGGUCCGCACUUAUCCCAACGGCACACUUUAUGCUACCACUGAUGCCGGAUAUUCACCUCCGAUCAUCCUCGAGAUUGUCGAUAGCUGCCCAUGUGCGGCAAAUACUAAAUGGUGUUGCGGCCCUGGCGUCGAUCAAUGCCAGGAAGUCUCUGACUUUACAUACGGCUGCCCGCUCCCCAACGGUUCAAUUCACCUGGAUCUAUCCGACGUGGCCAUGACACGAGCACAGGCUGGUACAUUAGUCGAGGGCGUGAUCCCGACGCAAUACAAGCGAGUACCAUGUCCCAAAGCAGGCAACGUAUACUUAUGGCUCCGGGGUAGUGCUGGGCCAUAUUUUUUCCAGAUUACAGCAGUUAAUGCCGGCGGACUGGGAUCGAUCGUAGGCUUCGAGAUACGCCCUGAUGGGCAAUCGAACUGGUUGGCUCUUGUCCAAGAGGCCGAUUACCCGGAGGGUCAUCCGCAGGAGCGAUAUGGUGCCUGGGUAUUGCCGGCUAAUGCUGGGCCUAUUAAUUUGCCACUGGGUGUACGUCUGACGAGUGCAACUGGCGAGCAGAUUGUUAAUGAGAAGGUUAUCACGAACUGGACAGCGCCCUCAACCGCAAUUGCAGGAUAUUGGUAUAUUGAUUUGGGAAUCAACUUUAGCCAACUCUAA